UCUGCCUGACAAAGUUGCCUCGACAUGCAGACGUGAUUAACAACAGCGUCAUGCUGCAUUUCAAACCGAGCAGCAUCGAGAGUGAGAGCAGGAUUUGGACACAAAGGUGGAUAUUUGGAUGUUUGAUUAUUACUCCGCGAGACUCGUUGACAGCGUUUCACAGAGACUUGUGGAUAACUGACCGGUACUUUUCUCAGUGCGCCAUGCGCGGAUCAGUCUGAGCAUCCUCGAGAAUAGAGACGCCGGGGGUUUUACUUGGGAGAGGAAUCUAAGGGCUGCUCGACUCCUUUGGAAAAUUACGUCCUCUUUUUUUGCAUCAUGCCACCGUAUUUGUGAAGUUUCGGGACAGGAUUUUCGCGGAUUCUCCAUGCGCAUGUGAGACUGACAUGAAUUACUUGGAUGUGGCUUCGUUAUUGUCUGCGCCUACUGCAGUACUCUUUUUGGCUGUAACUUGAAAAAAAAAUCUUUCGCUGUGAAGACAUGGAUAGGGAGUUCUGAACCCGGAUUUUUUUUCACCCUUUAAUCUGGAGUUGGAAGUAAAUGACAUUCGCCCCGGUUCAGCUGUACGGUUAUAGAUGCAGAACUAAACCGGAUAGCUCAUCCAGGUCCGGGAGAGUAAAGGGCAGGUGCGCUUUGCAGUCGGCGGCUGCGCGGAGAGACCGGGCUAGUGGAUUAGGACGGUACCUGUCUGUGGAGAGCGCGUCAUGCGGACUCGGAUGUCGCGCACCAGAAGCCAUUAAAACCUGUAGGCUGGAGCUGACAGAUACGCGGAUAUGGGCUCUGCUCUGCGGCGUCGCUGGCUAGUGGUCCAACUCCUGAUGCAGGUGUGGCUGGCGGCAAAUCCAUCUCUGAGUGAGCGCCCAUGCCCCAAGAGCUGUCGCUGUGAUGGAAAAAUUGUCUACUGUGAGUCAAGCGCCUUUCGCGAUGUCCCCAAGAACCUCUCAGGAGGCUGUGAAGGCCUGUCCUUACGGUACAACAGCCUCGCCAGUCUCCGUGCAGGCCAGUUCGUAGGCCUCAACCACCUCAUCUGGCUCUACUUGGACCACAAUUAUAUUGCCUCUGUGGAUGCAAUGGCUUUUCAGGGGGUCCGCAGACUUAAAGAGCUGAUCCUGAGUUCCAACAAGAUCACAUCGCUUCACAACACCACAUUCCACCCUGUCCCUAAUUUGCGUAAUCUGGACCUGUCAUACAACAAACUGCAAGCCUUGCAGCCUGGGCAGUUCCAGGGCCUACGAAAGCUUCUCAGCCUUCACAUACGCUCAAACUCUCUAAAAAUCAUCCCAGUGCGUCUGUUCCAAGAUUGCAGAAACCUUGAGUUCCUGGAUCUGGGUUACAACCGUCUGCGCAGUAUCACUCGAAAUGCAUUUUCAGGCCUAGUCAAGCUCACUGAGCUGCACCUGGAGCAUAACCAGUUCUCAAAGAUCAAUUUCUCUCACUUCCCUCGCCUCUACAAUCUGCGGGCACUUUACCUGCAGUGGAAUCGCAUUCGCUCAAUGAACCAGGGCCUGACCUGGACCUGGGCCUCCAUCCAGAAACUGGAUCUGUCUGGAAACGAUCUGACGGAAGUGGAUGCUGUGGUUUACCAAUGCCUACCGAACCUGCAGACCCUCAAUCUGGACUCCAACAAGCUGACCAACGUGUCCCAGGAGGUGGUUGAUGCCUGGAUCUCUUUGACUACGAUUAGCUUAGCUGGGAAUGUAUGGGACUGUGGCCCUGCCAUCUGUCCUCUGGUGGGCUGGCUGAGAAACUUCAGAGGGGCAAAGGAGACCACCAUGAUCUGCGCCUCCCCCAAGAAAGCCCAGGGAGAGAAAGUGAUGGAUGCUGUUGAAGCUUUUGGUGUUUGUCAAUCAAACCCAGCGACAACACUCACUGUGAGUAUCCCUCCAACCCCAUCCAGUGUCCCUGUGCAGACUGAACGCCGCCCAGCCAUUCUGGCUUUACCUACUGGUUCUGGAAAGAGAGGAGAGGGCUCUAUCCGAGGCCCCACAUCGUCAACUGUGACCCCACCUGUGGCACUUCCCCCAGAGCAAGACUUGGAGCCUGUGUCCUUCCAUAAGAUCGUGGCCGGAAGCGUUGCCCUUUUUCUAUCUGUUGCAAUGAUCCUGUUGGUAAUCUACGUGUCUUGGAAGCGCUAUCCGAGCAGUGUCAAGCAGCUGCAGGAGCAUUCGGCAGCAGCCCGCAAACGCCGCAAGAAAGCUAGAGAGACGGAGCGCACCCUGAGCUCUCCGCUGCAGGAGUACUAUGUGGACUACAAGCCCACCAAUUCUGAGGCCAUGGAUGUGCUUGUGAAUGGGACCGGACCCUGCACCUAUACCAUCUCAGGCUCCCGAGAAUGCGAGGUGCCCCAUCAGUUGGGUGCGCUGACCUUCUACCGCUACGAACAGCCUAUCGUAGACUACUGCCAGGCCCAUCAACCCCUGCGGCUCAACAUGGGCUACGAGGGACCCCCACAGGGCCUGGAGGGCCUGGAGGACCUGGGGCCGUGUGAUAGGGGCACUAUACAGACAGUGGCGCUGCCUGCCGUGCCCUCUGCCGCCAGCAUAGGUGCCCCUGUGCCAGGGCCUCGAUCUCCUCCGCCACCCCUCAGACCACCGACUGAAGGUCCCAGCGGCAAUCCUUUUCCUACCGCCGAACGCACCGGCACGCUCAAAUUUGGACGCUAGCGAGCCAAGUCUGGUUGCUAGAAGUGGGGCAAGGGCCUCUGAUUCACCAUGACUUUGUAAUGAAGGGGCAGGCGAGCUGGUUAUUCAGUGGGGCCUUGUUUUCAGAACAUGAGUAUGUGAACUAGAGGACAAAUUUUUCUAAUUCUGCCUGGAGGGAUUUGGCAUCUGAAACACACAGUCUCACUAAUAUACAGUAGAGGGUGAGACAUCCUUGCAGAUCAUUUUGAUUAUGAUUUUCGUUUUAUCCAAAGCACCUCAUAUUAAAGCUGAAUCAUGGAAGGUAAUCCAGCACAUAACUAAAAAUAUUACAUGUUUCCAGAUCUGGUCUUUGCCAUAUCCCAUCACAGGGGGAUCUGACCACAGCAGUCCACACGCACUAAGUCAGGAGUGAAAGGGAAAGUGCAAUAAACAUAAGUUCUGGAUCACAAAAAGAGAGAGCAGUAGUAUAAAAAAAAAUAGUGUAGUAUAGAUGGAGCUGGACAUCAUGUGAAGAGCAAGGGGCUUCAUACUGUGACUAUUAUUAAAAUAUCUAGUCAGUAGUUGUUAACAAAGGCAAAUCCAUAUCAUUAUUUCAUAAAGAUGAGUCAUUCUCUCAAGACAGCCUCAUAGAAUUCUUUUUUCUCUUACUUUCUUUUGUUUCUUUAGAGUGGUACUUCAUGCUGAAUUCCAUUAAUGUGCAUGUCAAACCAAAGAGUUUUACUUGUAUUUCUUUUCCUUUUUUCUUUUAUGCACAUAAGCUACUUUAGCUGAGGGCAUUUUUUAAAAUGCCAGUUGGUCUACUAAACUAGCAUCUGCCAACUCAGAUUCACAAUUCCAACCAAAUCCCCUGGUGGUUUCAGAUGAACUCAGCUUGUCUGUACAGAUUAGCAAAGUACAUGGUACAUACAAGUGAAGUAGUGAAACUGCAAAUUUUUAGAUAUUUAUCACAGUAACAGUUACCUGGUCCUCCGAACAUCAGUUUAAUUGUCAUUCAUGUUCUUGGUGAUGCUACGAACAGCAAACAACCACACAAACACUUUAGAGGAGAUGCUAUGGCAUGAUCCAUAAGUUCCUUGAACAUACAGAGGCCCUUCUCACAGCAGAAUGGCAGGUCUUUGUAUAUGAUUAUAUCCCAGCUGAAUGAUUCACUAUGCUUUAAAGAGGUAAUCAUGGGGAAUUUAUGUGGUAAAAAUAAGUACAUUUGAAUGCAAAGUAUUGUACAUAUUCUUACGGAAAGGUCCACUUUACUGAAGGUCAAACCACUCUCACUGCCCCAAACAGUCAUUUGAAACAUUGUUGAGUCAAUGUUUGACUUUGAUCACACUGGACAAUUUGGAGAGCGCCAUCUUGCUGGGCUGGCAAAGCUCCGGCCAUGUGCUCUCCCUUCUCCCCUCAACCACAGAGAACAACAGUGCCUAGUGGGGGCAUGUUGAACCAGCACGUUGACUUCUCUUUGACCUGCGUAUGAACCCAUGGACUGUACUGGGAAUAUUGCCUGACAUCUCCGUUUUUUCUUUCCAGAAAGCGUGCCUGCAGUGCUGGACUUUAUUGCACUUGGUAACCCUUUGGCCACCGUGUCGAGCACUGCUCGUCAUUGACUUGUGGAGCUGAUGAGGACUUCAGAUACGGCCGUGAUGGCCUGUCAGAUAUCA